GGGCUGACGACGCUUCGCGUUCAGUCACACCUACACUAAACACUGCAGCAGGAUGGAUCGAGGAUAUUCUUCAGGAUUCUCUGGAUGGGGAGGAUCAGGAGGAGGAGGAGGAGGAUCGUCCCGAGGCUCGGGCAACUACGACCUGUACGGCUAUAAGGACUCGAUGUCGGGGGGCAGCAGGGGGUUCGGGGGCAGCGGGGGGUACGGGUCCAGCGAGCGCAUGAAGAGAGAUCUCUCAGGAGGAUCUCUGCUGUCCUCCGGCGCCACCGCAGACGCCGUCAUCGCCAAGAUCAACCAGCGCCUGGACAUGCUCACGCAGCUGGAGGGAGGCUUGAAGAGCAGCACUCGGGAGAGGUUUGACCAAUACGAGUCUUUCGACUCGCGCUCCGCCUCCCUCGGCCCCCGAGAUCUCUACAGAUCCGGUAGCUUUGGGUACAGCGACUCCCGGGGCGACAUGAUGGCCCAGCGCGGAGGCGUGGCCUUUGGGGUCAUGGGCGGAGGUGGAGGGGGCGGGUCCGGCUUUGACGGAUUCGGAUCUGCCAAAAUGCGGUCGAAUCGAGACUCCGCCUUCUCGGGCUCCAACUGGGGGGCGGGGCAAAGAUCCCCACGAAGGGGCGGAGCUUCAGGAGGGCGCGGCUACAGCCGCAGGCAGGACUCCUCCUCCUCCGGAAGUGGGCGGGGCGGAGGCCAAGGCCACUCCCCCGCGGGGCGAGGAAAGCUGCCCUCGCUGCUGGCCAACCGCAUGUACCCUGACAGCGGGGCCUUCCAGUCCCAGCGCGGGCCCCAGGACUUCCGGAGCUUCGGAGGGGGCCCGAGGGCCAACCGGCAGCGCGGCCGCAAGAGACCCCUGAACCGACAGGUGAAGUCCCAGCGCGACGGACAGAAGAAGCGGAAACAGACCCUGAGCACCAACGACGAGCCCGAGUCCAAGAUGGGCAAAACCGAGAAGGCGAGGGAGAGGAGGGCCACCGAAGCCGCCAAAGAGGAACACAGCCGGGAUACAGAGGAACACAGGCGGGAUUCGCAGGAGGCGAACGAAGCCGCCGCUGCUGACUCCAGGCCAGAGGACGGAGGAGAGAGUGCUGCAACAUCCAAUCAAGACGAGGGAGCCAAGGCGAAGCAGAGACUAUCCCCUGCAUCUAAAUUCAGGAAGAGGAGGGGCUUCUUUGAAAGGUCAGGGGUCAAAGUGUCUGCUCACAGGGUGAUGUUCGCCUGCUCCGUCUGCAAGUUCCGCUCCUUCUACAGCGAGGACAUGGACGCCCACCUGGAGAGCAAGUUCCACAAGGACCACUUCAGGUUCCUGUCCAAUCAGCUGUCAAAGCCCACCACCGACUUCCUGCAGGAGUAUCUGAACAAUAAGUUCAAGAAGACGGAGCAGCGAGUGAAUCAGAUGGAGAACCACAGCGCCACCAUCUGUCAGGUGUUCAAAGAGCAGGAUCUGACGCGAGAUCUGGGCAUGGAGCACUUCAUGAAGAAGGUGGAGGCGGCUCACUGCGCGGCGUGUGACGUGUUCAUCCCCAUGCAGUACAUGCUGAUCCAGAAACACCUCAAGUCCUCCGACCACAACUACAACCGCAAGGGCAUGAUGGAGCAGUCCAAGAGGGCCAGUCUGUCUGUGGCGCGCAGCAUCCUCAACCACAAGGUCAUCGGCAAGAAGCUCGAGAGCUACCUGAAGGGCGAAAACCCGUUCAACGGUAACCAGGACGACCAGGAUCCCGAGGACUCCAUGGUGAUGGACGUGUCCGAGGGCGAUCUCACCAAUGAAAGCCUGAACGAGGCCAAACAGGAAGAGGAGGAGCCUCAGGCUGAGGGGGCGGAGCCUGUCGCCGAAGCCGUGGGAAACGGGGCGGGGCAUGACGAGGAAGUGAAGAUGGAGAUGGGCGGAGCCACAGAGGAGGAGGGUGUGGAGGCGGGUGAAGGAGAGGAGGAGGAGGGGGUGGAGGGAGUGGAGGUGGGCGAGGAGGAGGCGGGCGAGGAGGAGGCGGAGCUUGCCGUUAGCGCAGACGCAGGAGCGACGGGAGAUGCUAACGCCGCCGCACCCGUCGAGUAG